GGCUGGGCUUUUUCCAGUAGGGUUCUGGGCGGGCUGGGUUUUUAAAAAUCGGGCCCGUGCACAGCUCUAGUAAUGUAUGUAACUAAAGUUCAACUUUACGCAACCCUCAUCUAAACUUUUUUCAACAUAAUUUCAAACGACAUUUUAAAUAUGAUCGUUCGAGUAUUAAUCCCCUUUCUGAAACGAUACCUUAACCUGGCGAAACGAUUUUCCGCGUCAUACUUCGAAUGGGACGAAAGUAGAGGAAAAAUCGUUCUUCGAGAUGUCAAACACCACGCUAAUGUUAAGGCUUGGCUGCUCCUGCACAUUGUCUACGUGGUUCUACAAACUUUGUUAAUUUGUUUCGCGGAAUUCCACCUAGUCGAAAAAUGCAGUGCAGUGAUGAUCCUUGCCCUUUACAUCACGUGUCUCAUUUUACGACUCGAGACACGUGUCGACCUCGUUCCGAUGGAAUUAAACAACUGGUCAAUUUCACAAAGCUAUGAAGAUUUCGCGAGAGAUACAAGUCCCACAAGGUUGGAGAUCGUCAUUAAAUACUUGUGUAACUUCUUUGAAUUGUCCUGCAUUGUGGAUCCCUUGUUCAUCACCAUUCUUAUCGUUUUCAUCCCAUGUAGGACCCCUUUGUUGGGACCGAUGUUAAUUUGUAACCAGAAAAUUGUGUCUAUAACCACGACCCUUGUUGUGGCUGUGAUUGAGGGCAUCGUGGCAAGCUUUAUUUUCAUGGGGACCUACCAAUACUCUGCAUUUAGCUUGGUCACCGGAAUUCUAAUUUUAUACGCAGAAUGCGUAUCAUUCUUGGAUCGGGGAUUUGACAGCGUAGAACAUUGGUUAAGAAAUUAUAGGGAAUUACAGAUUUUGGAGAAAACUGUAAAUAGUUCGCUUCGGGAACGCAUUCUCCCCGCGAUGAUUCUCAUUUUGCCAAUUGUGCAAAUUUUGAGUUGCUUGGUGUUCGUAAUUCUGCUUAAAGAUGAUAAAGUUAUCAGCUCUGUUAUAUUUUUCAUCGUCUAUUUGGAGUGUCUUGGGUUGACAAUGCUGAUUUUGAGUUUUGCCGCUAACAUAUUUGUCAAAACGGGAAAGUGGGUGUCACAGUUCCCCCCAGGACAAAGCAAAACGCACAGAAGGAUUGUGAAAUCCUUUCAACCCGUCAAGGUUCAGUUCGGAAAUAACUUUGUGGAUGCUUUGACACCGCUCGUAUUUCAACAAUUUUGCGCAACGCAAACCGCUUCGUUACUCGUCCUUAAGUAUAAAUUAUAAUGUAGCAAAAUUACGCAGACAGAAAAGUAUAAAUUAAUUUGAAGAAAUAUUACCACCUGACUAAAUGAUGCAUUGGAAUAGUAUGUGACCGAUAGGUGAUAAUUGGCAGUUUUACUGCAUACGCAAUGAUAUGUACAAGUUUAUUGGUAUGUAUGUAUUGGUUUUGAUAUAAGGUAUACAUAUGUAUUUAUUUUAGUACA